AUGGGAGAAAAUAGCUCUCCAAUGACUUUAAGAUACGAUAAACAGAAUCAUCCGCAAGUCAACAGAUGGGUGGAGCCUCAGUGA